UCAAAAAAAAAAAAUAAAAAAAUUUCAGGGUUCUACAGACAUCUCCUUCAGACAGUCCAGUAUGGGAAUAAAGUAUCACCUCGGUGGGAGCACUGUUUAACAGAGUUGGAUCGUUAUCAAUUGUCGCAGAAACGUAGUGUUAGUUCUACUGGAGAAUGUUUGGAAAAAUAAUUUUAUUAUUUUCGUAUUUUUCAAAGCUUACUAAAUAACACGUUUAAUUAACAAAAGUUAUUAAUUUGAAUUAAUUAGUACAAUAUAUUAUUUGCUGUGCGUUGGAAAACUAUGCCAAUUGGCAUGGUCAUGCAUUGAGGGUGUGGUUUUUUGACAGAAAUUUCUCAUAAGACUUGCAAAAAUGGAACUUUACAUUUUGCAUUUUCGAGAUUUUAGUAAUAAGAUUUUUUGGAAAAUCGAGACAAAAAAUUUUUUUCUCGCUCAUAUUGAAUGAUGAAUGUGCAUCGCAGAAAGUAUGGAAAUAAAAAAAUAAAAAAUAUUUUUAGACAUCAAAUUUUUUAUUUUUUAUUAUUUUUUUGAUUGAAAAUGUGAAAAAUUAAAACAUUUUUGGAACCUUUAAUAUGAAACUAAGGCACUGGAUAUGGGCACCUUAUAAAUAGGCAGGUGUGCAGUUACCUAAUGUACAGAACUCGACUGUAUAAUCCAUGAUUCAUUAUGAAAAUACACACAUUAGUGUCCCGUUAAUAAGCAACCAAAGUUACAAUGAGUAAUUUGAUUACAUUCGAGAACUAUGCCGUUCAACUGUAAAAUCGUAAUUAUAGCCAGAAAAACACAAAGAACUUUCAAUUAAAUUUCAUACUGGUUCAACAGAUAUUUUCACAUUCCUACUUGGAACAAAUUCGCAAAAUUUUAUCGAUCCACGUUGAAAAAGGAACGCAGUUCAAAUUUGGGUUGUCAUAGCGGUACCUACAUAAUCAGUUAGGUACCUAUUUCACUCAUUCAUUCAUAUACCUACUCAAGAGUGACUCAUUCUAAACGACUUCUACUCUACCUACAUAUAUCUAAGUCAGCUCAUUCAAUACAAAAAUUAUUUACCGAAGUACAGGCAGGCAGGCUAUAGAGUAUACUACAUAGAUAGGGUGCUUGAUGAAAUCAUGAGUACCUACCGGAUACAUUCAGUCGUUAUUUGCGCUCUCUGAAUAUACAUACAAUCGAGUCAUGAGUCGGUUUAAAGUUGCUGUGAUAUGUUAUUCUUUAAUUUUCGUGACAUUAUUUAUUUCUGUGAUUGAGAUUUUAUAUUUUUGGAGUAUUCUUAACGAUAAUGUUUCUUAUAAAACUAAAACCACUCGGAAUAGUUACCAAUUUAUCGGAGCAGAAUGUAAAAACAUUCAAUGGAUGGUACAGGUUACAGAUUUACAUUUUAGUGAUUUCCAUGAUCCUACGAGGAAAAGCGAAUUUGAGGAAUUUUGCAGUAUUACUUUGGAUGUCAUCAGACCUCGAGUCGUUUUAGCCACUGGCGACAUAACCGAUGCUGUACUGCCAAAAUUCGCUGACUCGACUCAAAUUGAAAACGAAUGGAAAGCAUAUAAAGAGAUUUUAGACAAAAGUAAUGUAACAAGUAAAACCACAUGGUUGGAUAUACGCGGUAACCAUGACACUUUCAACGUGCUCAGUACAAAUUCUUCCAAUAAUUUUUUCGAGAAGUAUUCGGUACAAGGUCGAGAUCACCCUAGAUCAUAUUUCUACGUUGGUCGAAUGGAUAAUGGGGAAAAAAUCGGCUACAUUGCUGUCGAUUCUUGUUUAAAUGUUGGCCUGAAAAUUUUGUACAAUUUUGCCGGAGAAAUGACCAAGGAAGAGAUUGAUGUCAUACGUUCUUAUGUUCGAAAAGCUCACGAUUUGGAUGUUAAGUAUUUGAUUUGGUUUGGACAUUAUCCCACUUCAUCUAUACAGUAUCCUGGUUCGAAAAUACUACGCGAUUUAAUCGCUAAUGAAGAAACUUCGGUAGCAUUCCUCAGUGGCCAUAUGCAUCAAGUUGAUAAUCUUGUCCCAAAAAUGUACUCGUACAUGAAAGAAGGACUUUUCGAAUUAGAACUGGCCGAUUGGAAAACAAACAGAAUUUUUAGAAUUAUGACCAUCGAUCAUGGUCAAUUCUCAUUUGUCGAUGUGAAACAUGGUAAAUGGCCGAUUAUCAUCGUUACCAAUCCGAAAACAGAAGUAUUAGUAUCUCCGGCAACAAAUUUUUUCGCAAGUCCACCCAAUUCUAGUCAUAUCCGAUUAUUAGUUUUUUCACGUUUUCCAAUAACCAAAGUGAGAUUAAAAAUAGACAACGAAGAGUGGAAAAAUUGCGUCCACGUUGACCAAUCAUUUUACGUUAUUGAAUGGGAUCAGAAUCUCUAUCAAAAUGGUCUUCAUACUAUAACAGUAGAAGCAGAAGAUGAGCAACAAAACGUUCAAAAAAUUGACCACAUUUUUUCUCUAAAUGGUUCUCGUUCAGAUAGACGAUUUCUAUCUAAAUUUUUCCUAAUGCCUAAUUUAGGACUUCUGAUUCAAUCAGCUAUGAUCUUUUUCGUGCUUCUUUGCGUGGUGCCAUUGAUAUUAUUUCGAUAUUUGGUAACCGUACAAAAAGUGGAAGCCGAUGAAAUGUCGGCCAUCAAGUACAACUAUUUAAUACAAUGUUUCCAGAAAUUUUGUGUCAUAAGUCACUUGAAAAGAUUCUUUUACCCUUUGUUGAUUUUUCCUAUUUAUAUAUUAUUAGGGCCUUGGGCAAUUGUUUACAUGCUAGAUAACAAAAUAGGAGUACUUUUAUCUUGGGGUAUUUUCAUAGAUGGCAAAUAUGAACCACCAUCAUGGCUUCUAAAUGGAUUAGGAUUAAAACAAAUUUUGGUUCAUUUGUUUUUAAUUAUACAUUUUUCAAAUGAAAUACAUAAAAGAUUAUUAAAUAAGAGAAGCUGCUUCUCCAUUUCCAAAUCAACUUCGAAGAACUAUUUGUGUAUUGCAUGGGAUAACUCAUUUUUUGUUUUCAUCCUGAUGGUUCAAAUAAUUCAAAUUAUUCUCUUCUGCAUGUAUAUAGGUAUCUCAACUCUUUUUAUCGGCCCUCUUACUUCCUGGUGGCUCAUUAUGGCAAUUUGGCUGAAGAGAGAUAUAAUAUGCAUGGAAGAGGACGAAUUAUCAUAUCUGAGACAAAAAUGGCAUCCUGCAUUGUAAAAGUGAUCAUUGUAUUUUUGUGAAUAAUUUUUUGAUUAUGAAUUUCGUUUAUUUGUUUGUUCGGUUUUUCUUAUUGCCAAAUGAUUGACCUUACCUAUAUAUCUGUUAAAAUGGUGUAAUUUAUUUACAAUUGAUACUUUUUAUUCGGCUGUUUUACCAAGAAUUUUUAAAUUACCGACAGGGUGAUAAAUAAUUUUGAAUUUGUCAUUCGACUCAGUUUCCAAGCUUUGGGACAAGAGACUUUAUGGUGUGUGCAAAUACUUGGGUAGGUAUUUUGAUUAUUUUUUUAUCGCUGAAAUUUUUUUUAUUGUCAUCGGCUGAAAUCAGUAAAAAGUAAAAGUCAUUAUAAAAUUA